ACCCUACUUUGCCUCGAUAUUUUAACCCAUCAUCUUAGAUUUGAAUCACGAACUCUCCUCAUUCCUUCCUCUCUCUCUCUCUCUCUCAAAUUUUCUCCUUCUAUUUAACCCUUUCAAAAAACACACUUCAAAACCUCUUCAACAUCACAAUUCACAUCAACACCUAACUUAAGCUCUGUUUGGCAAAACCAUUAAUUGAUUUCUGUAUUAUGGCAACAGCAGCUCAGAAGCACUUACAUGAACUACUCAAAGAAGAUCAAGAACCAUUCCUUCUAACCAACUACAUUACAGAAAAACGUAUUAAUUUACUAAAAAGACCUUCCACAAACAACACCAUACAAUUGAAGAAACAAAAACCAACAACAACAGUUAAUCUCUGCAAAAAUGCUUGUUUUUUCUCAUUCCAAAACACACCAGAUAUAAAAAAAUCACCACUUUUUGAAUUCUCUUCACCAACAAAAACCACUUUUCAAAUUCCUGCUAAAACGGCGUCGCUUUUACUCGAAGCAGCUCUCAAAAUUCAGAAUAAUAAGAAACCCCAUUACAAAAACAAAUCUUUUGGGGUUUUUGGUUCGUUGUUAAAGAAACUAACACAACGAAACAGAAACAAAAAGAGUGAAUCAUCAACAAUUGAAGGUAAUAACAAUGUUUCUGUUAAGGAUAUUUUGAGAUGGGAUUCUUCUAUUGGAAAAAGAGAUAGAAAAUGUUACAAUGAAAUCAGAGUGUGUUCCUGUGAAGUGGGGUUUACAUGUUCUUCUUGCAAUUGCAAUGGAAGACAUAGUAGUAGUGGUGUUUGGUCUGAGAGUAAUGAAGAUAAAUCGUUGGAUACGGAAACUUCGAGUAGUGGAAAUUCUUGUGAUGAGGUUGAUGAGUUUGUGAUUAAUAAGAAGAAACAGAAUGAAGAUUGUGUUUGUUUUGAUCAUCGUGGGUUUUUGUGUGAAAGUCCUUUUCGUUUUGUUCUUGAAAGGAGUGUUUCUUCUUCCUCUGGCCACCGUACGCCGGAGUUUUCUUCGCCGGCGGAUUCACCUAGUCGUCACCAAACAGAGGACAAAGAAGUUGACGGUGUGAACAAAUUCCAAUCAGCUAAAGAUGAGGAAGAGAAGGAACAGUGUAGUCCAGUAUCUGUUUUAGAUCCACCCUUUCAGGAUUAUGAUGAUGAUGAUGAUGAUUGCCAUGAAAACGAUGAUGAAGAGGAUGAUUAUGAUUUGGAGUGUAGCUACGCCAAUGUACAAAGAACCAAGCAACAACUAUUAGAUAGACUUCGUAGAUUCGAGCAACUUGCAGAAUUAGAUCCAUUAGAACUCGAGAAAAGAAUGCAAGAAGAAAACGAGUGCGAAACAUUUUUCGAAGACGACGAUGAAGAUGAAAGCGAUGCACCAUGUGAAGAAAAGGCUCUAAGAGAAAUAGUCAAUGAAAUCCUCUACAAUUCAAGUGUUCAUGAUAGAUGGCAAAACCAAGAAGUUCUUAAGAGACUUGUUUAUGAUCUCAUUAAGGAAGAAGAGAAUGAACUUAAUUGUUCACAAGAUAUGAACAAUGUAAUGAAAAAGGUAUGCAAGAAGAUGGAAUUGUGGAAAGAAGUGGAAUCUAACACUAUUGAUAUGAUGAUAGAAGAGGAUUUUACUAGAGAGGAAAUUGGGUGGAAGAAACAUAAUGAGGAGACAAAAGAGCUAGCUAGAGAGGUUGAGCUUUCUAUCUUUAGCUUUUUAGUUGAUGAAUUUUCAGAGGAAUUGGUAUGUUAAUUAUGUGGGUAAAUUUUGAGGCAGUUUAUAAGGUACUUAAUUAUGUUAAUGAAUAUUGAUUAUCUUUAUUCUUUUAUUAUUAGAUAUUAGAAGAGUAUAGUAUGAGUUGAAACUUAUUUUAAAAAUAGCUAGUUUUAGUUAAGAAAAAGAGGCCAAAAUUUAAUUUGGGUUUGAGGGGAAGCAUGGGGGAUAUGUACAUGACUCAUGUAUGAAGUUCGUUGUUCUUUGAGAAUGCUGUAAAUCACUUUUCCUAAUUAAA